AUGUCACCUAUUUUUCAUUGGCAGGCUCCUGAACCGCCCAGAGUUAAAGAAAUAGAGGAAGAUCGGAUCAUCCUUCGCCCUAUUGGUCCAGGAGUUCAAACUCUAGAACCCGAAAACUUACACACAGGAACUUUGGGCCGACCUUCAACACCUGGCUUCCCUACAGCACCUG